CCGCUGCUCCCAUCCCACCAAAUUAAAACCAUCGAAAAUCCGACACGUCGAGAGCGAUGAAGAGAGAAAGAGAAGAAGGAGAGCUUGAAGUUUUCGACAUGGUGGAUAGCCUAAUGCUGCUGUCCAGAGUUGGCGAAUAUAAUAACGACCAACAACGGCCGGAAGAGCCGCAGCGGAAGAAUAGUUCACCGGCGGCGGCGGAUUCCGGCAACGGCAAGGUUUUAAUUUGCAAGACUUGUAAGCGGGAAUUCAAGUCGUUCCAGGCUCUGGGAGGGCACAGGGCCAGCCACGGGAAGGCCAAGUUCAUGGACGUUAACAGCGCGGAAGUUUUCAAUCCUCUCCGGCCGCCGCCGGCCAAGUCCGGGACCCACCAAUGUCCAGUUUGUGGGCUUCAGUUUCCGAUUGGACAAGCGUUGGGUGGCCAUAUGAGGCGCCACCGGAGCACCGCCGCUGCCGCCGCCGUGUUGAAGAAAUCUGAUGGCCGUGAGGUCAGGGUUUUUGGGGUGGAUUUGAACUUGGCGCCAGUAGACAACAAUAAUCUGAAGUUGCAGUUGAUGACUCCUUUUGUUGAUUGUUUUAAUUAAUUUUUGUGAGAGUUUAUAUAGGGUGUUUAUUCGGAUAUUUUCAUUCAUUUUUCACAUGUUCAUAUAA